AUGUUGAAGGACUUGACUGUGAAGCUGCCUCUGUCUGAUGCUGUUCAGAUGAUUCCUGCUCUGAAGAAGUACAUGAAGGAGCUGAUAUCUGGGAAAGUAGCUGAGGAUGAGAACGUCAUGCUAGUAUCGGAGGAGUGCAGCGCUGUGCUGCAGAACAAGGUGAUCAAGAAGAGGAGCGAUCCAGGGAGAUUUGUCUUGUCAGUGCAGAUUGGCCAUAUGACCUUCGCAUGCUCUCUUUGCGAUCUUGGCUCGAGCGUGAACCUGAUGCCGUAUUCUGUGGCCAAGCGACUGGGAUACACAAAGUUCAAACCCACGAAAGUCUCCUUGGUUUUCGCUGACAGAUCGACCAAGUUCCCAGUCGGUAUACUUGAGGAUCUACAUGUGCAGAUAGGGAACACACUCAUUCCAGCAGACUUUGUAGUCCUCGAGCUCGACGAAGAGCCUAAGGAUCCCUCAUCCUAG